AUGGUUGAUGUUGCUCGCCAACUGCUUGAUGAACUGAUGGGAAGGAACCGUAAUCUGGAUCCUUCUGCUUCUGCAAAAGAAGUGUCGUGGUCCGAUGAAGAGUUUUGUCCAUACUUUUUGGUGAAGUUUUGUCCACACGAUCUGUUUGUAAAUACUCGUGCCGAUUUGGGCCAAUGUACUAAAUUGCACGAUGAUGAGGCGAAAAGGCUGUUUGACGAGGCAAAACCUUGUCGCAAAAAAACCCAAUACGAAGAGGACUUUUUAAGAUUUUGCACCAACAUGAUCAACGAAGUGGACCGUAAGAUUGUGAAAGGUAAGCAAAGACUUCUUCUUAUGAACAGUAAAACAGAAGGAGGACGACCUUUACCAAAGCAUCAGGAGCAAUUGAAUUCCCUCACCGAACGGAUCAAUAAACUGGUGCGUGAUGCAGAGGAAGCCGGAACACGCGGAGACGUAGAGCAGGCACAGGGUUUGAUGGAGCAAUGUGACCAGUUGAAGGAGGAAAAGGAAGCUCUAGUGAAACAACAUGAAUCAAAUGGAUGGUCAGUAACGGCGGAAAUCGCGGCUUCACAGGAGAAACAAAUGGAAGUUUGUGAAGUGUGUGGAGCUUUUCUUAUUGUUGGUGAUGCACAACAAAGGAUUGAUGACCAUCUCACGGGUAAACAACAUCUAGGGUACUCAAAAUUACGAAAAGCUGUUGAUGAAAUGUAUGAAGCGAGGAGGAAAAACACAAUAAACCUUGAGGAGCGCCGUUCUAAGGAUGAUGACAGGCGUAGACGAGACAAUGGAAAACGAGAAGAACGUAAAUCGCGAGAGCGAGACGAUCGUUAUAGUAACAAACGAGAAGAUAGAGAUCGUAAUCGCUAUCGGCGUGAUCAUCGGGAUUAUAAGGAUCGUUCUGAUCGUCAUGAUAAUCGUCAACGAGAUCGUCACAGCAGACGCGAUCGUAACGAGCGAGAUCGUGAUCGCAGUCGCAGUCGUAGCUACUAA